AGGUGGAUUACCAUCGGCCGGUAAAAUCAACAGGAAUGGACCCAGACAGCUCCUCGACGACCCACGACACAGCGACCAGCGAAGGCGAUGACGUCAUCCGCACUGCCAUAGACGGUGCCCUAUCCCCGAACGGCCAUCCGGACACCCGGUACUACCACAAAAACGAGGUGACCCUGCCCAUCCACCAGGACGAGUUCGAGUACCGCAACGGCCGCGCCCACCACAACCCCAAAGAGACCCACUACAUGUCCACGGCCAACCUCGAUAUCAAGGAACGGCUGGUUGGUGAGAACGACGUGGAUAAGAUGGAAAGAGGUUAUAAUAAUCCUGGAUACGAGGAUACGGAGGUGGUGGUGAGGAAUGGGAAGAAGGAUGAUGGGAAGGAUAGGGGUGUUGUGUCUAAUGGGACGGAGUAUAUUGCAGUAAGAAGUUCAUUCAACAACACGAAACCCAUCAAUGGUGACAUGACGCGCGACGACCAGAUGAACGAAAUGGUCAAUUUGGAGCUGAUCAACUUGAAGCCGAUGACCAAUGGCAGUGUGGACGCUCCCUACGAAGUGAAUUCGAUCAGCGAGAUCCCUGUGAAAAAGGGCAACGACGAGGAAAGAAGGAUUUCCUACGAUGAGUAUUUCGUACCUGUCAACGAACAUCGCAAAUACAUGAGAGGCGAGAAAUUAUACGUUACGGCGGACAAAAGGAACAAGAAGAACCGCAGCAAAUACCUCUGCUGGAUAUUGUGCGUAUGCAUUGUGGCCGCUGCGCUAAUCAUUGGAAUCUUGGCAGCUGUUGGAGUUAUCGGCAACAAAACCCCCAUAGUUCUUAAAGAAAUGACAGCAAGGCAAUUCAACGACAAUCAACCAUCCGUUAAAGGGGCUGGAAUAUUUAAUGACAUAGGUAACGCUCAAUCUAGCACAGAAACAUCACUACAACCCAUAAUACCCAGUAUAACGCACCCUCCAAAAGUUUUAGUACCACGAGCAUUGGAAUCUGAAAUAACCAUCGAUAACAGGGAAUUUUCUGAAGCACUGAAAAACAAAAAUAGCUACGAAUAUCAACUGUUAGCUAAUACUAUCGAGGAGGAAUUGAGAACCUACUUACUAGCUAAUAAUAUGUUGAGAUCAAACAUUGGUAACUUGGAUAUCAAGAUUAUGGAUUUUGAGUCUGGAAGUAUAGUGGUGAAAUUUAGAGUGGCAUGGCAGUACAAAGAUGUUUCAAACUCUAACAACGAUGAAGUAGAUAAAGAAAUAUCUAAUGAAAUUAACAAUAUUCGCAGGAACAACGGUGAUUUUAUUCGAGAAUAUCAUUUAGCACCUAAAGUUGUAUCAGUGGAACAAAUUACUGAUAUAUGUCAAAACAACAGUAACGGCUGUGAACAUGGUUGUGAAUUCGAUUAUUCGGAACAUCUAGAUUUUGUUUGUACUUGCCCAGACAACCAAGUUAUAGAUGAGGAUGGUAAAUCUUGCAAGGAGAAGUCUAUUACAUCGUCUGACACUUUUGAUAUACAUGGAGGCUUACAUCAGGGACACUCUGACUUUACCACUCAACAUUCUACAAGCUCAGCGGAAAAGAAAAUUCAACAGUCAUCUGAACACAGUAUUCAACAAUGGAAUGUUGAGACAAAUCCUGAGCCUAGUCCUGAACCAACUUCUGAACCAAGCCCUGAGCCAAAUGCUGAACCAAACCCUGAGACAAGCUCUGAGCCGAAUCAUGAACACAGUCCUAAACUGGAACCAAAUUCUGAACCGGAGCCAAGUUCUGAACCGGAGCCAAGUUCUGAACCUGUGCCAAGUUCAGAGCCGGAGCCAAGUUCUGAACCAAGUCCUGAACAUGAGCCAAACUCAGAACCUGAGCCAAGACAUGAAUCAAAUACUGAGCCAAAUGCUGAACCAAGUCCUGAGCCAAGUGCUGAGCCAAAUACUGAGCCAAACCCUGAACCAACAGCUGAACCAAACGCUGAACCAAAUCCUGAACCAAUUUCUGAAAUAAUGGCUAAACCAAGCUCUGAGUCAAAUUCAGAAUCUAUUACCGAACCAACUGCUGAGCCUAAGUCCGAACCAAGUGCUGAACCAGUUCCUGAACCAAAUUCUGAUGUAUCUUCCCAAGAAGUAUCUAAGGAAAACUCUGAGUCCACUCCAGAGCCAAAUGCUGAGCCAAAUUCCGAGCAUAACGUAGUAUUUGUUUCAACGUCCUCUUUAAAACCUGAAACAGAACACGAAGAAACUCAUAAGGAAUAUCAAGAGGAGUCUGCAUCAAAAGCUUAUGAGGUUCACGAAUAUCAUAACGUUAUAUUUAAUGCUGCUCCGACGGAACAUUCUAACGAAACUGAAAUUAUAACAAUUGCACCAGAACCAAAUACUGAAGAAGUUGCUAAUGUAAAGCAAAUAUCAAUUUCACACCACAUUGACCAUGACACCAACUCAAAUAAUCAUAAAAAUACACCGAUAUCAGGGAUGGAAUCCGAUACACCAGUAGAUGUUUCGAGUUCAGAAAUAACUACUAAACCAAACCAAAUAAAUACACAUGAUCAAGCUGAUUAUGAAGGUCACCAACAUUUUUCAAGUGAAGAAGCAACAUAUCUAGAACCGUCUAUGAUUUCUUCAAACUCAACAAAAUCAUACACAGAAGAACACGCCAAACAAGAAGAAGAUCUUAACGAAAUCAGAAGUUCAGAAGAAUUAGGUGUCAUUGGUAUAGAGCACACUUCAGAAGCGUUAGAUAUGCAUAAUCACACAACAGAAACUAAUAAUAAUAAUAACGUCUCAAAAACACCUGAUAGUUCCAGAGAAAUAUUCAUUCCUGUAGUAGUUUCUUAUCAAACUUCAACAGAGCCAAGUGAAAAUAUGACUACUAUUAAAAAUUUAGAAGAAGAAACAAAUACAUUUAAACCUAUUUUGAACGAUAAUGUAUCUCCGAAACUAGUAAAAGCAUUAGAAUCUGAAGAAGAAACAUCCACAACAUCGGAAGAAGUUAAUACAUUUAGACCUAUUAUUCACGAAAAUGUAUCUCCAAAAUUGGUAAAAUCUAUUUCGUCUAAUGAAGAGAUAUCCACAACAUCCGAAGAAAUAAACACUGAACAAAGUAGAGAAGAAAUUACAACUAUUAAUAUUGAUCUGAACUUGAAGGAACAUCCAGAAAAUAUUUCUUCAAUCUCACAAGAACAGACAACACAAUCUAUUUUCAACCAUGACACGUUGGUCAAUAACAUGACAGAAAAAAAUCUAAUCCAAACAUCCACUCUUGUAGGAACUGUUCCUUCUGAAAACACAACUGUUGCAACAGAACCUACAGAAAAAAUUCCGGUGUUUCACCAUUUUGAUCACGUAGUUACCGAAAACAUGUCACCGUUCUUACCCGAAAUAGAAAACGACACUUUGGUGAAUAUUCUUCACUCUGGUGAUCACUGGUACCCGUACCACAACGACACCGAAAGAAACGAGUCUGACGAUGGGAAUAUAGAGAAUUCUGAUUUCAACAAUAUCGUCGAAACAAGCCAUAACUUAGAAAACGAGAUAUCAUCUCAUGGCAAAGGAAGAAACUUCAAUCACGAUGUUGUUUCCGUAACUACAAUAAUUCCUAGUACAGAAAAUGCUACAUUAGAUAAAAGUUUGGAUGUAAACGUUGAACCCUUACAUACUGAUUUUAAUGAAACUGCUUCUAUUUCACACGAAAGUAAUACUUUAAUUAAUGAAGCAGAAAAUGGAACUUUAUUAUAUCCAAAUGACAUGCCAAUUAUUCAAAAUACAACACACUUAAGUAAAGAUAAUAAUACAAAAGAAGAACACAAUUCUGAAAACGAAACAUACUCAAAUGGUUUGGUGCAAGUUAGUAAUGACAGUCAUAACGAAACUUCGACGGAUUUAGAAAAAGAAAUUCAAACAACCGAACAACCUGCUCAAAGCAGUGAGGCAACCACUAAAGCAGGAAAUAUGUUUGAUCAAGAUAUAGUUACUAUGCUCUAUAACUCUAUUUUGGACACAAAUCAUAAAGAGUUCAAUAAUUCUUUGGCUGACUUUCUUUCAAAACAGAUCAACGAUUCAAACAAGAACUCGACGGUUGAAAAUACUGUAAUCGAAAUUUAUAAGAUUCACGAUACCAAUAAGGAAUCGAACAAUAUUACAAACGCUAUUACAGACGACAAGAAAAUUGAAAUCUUACCUACUUCAGAAAAUGAUAAGUUGUUACUUGUUCCCUCAGCUGAAACAACAGAAGGUAAAGAACUACCUACUUCAACAAUAACUAUUAUAACAGAAGGUUUUACUACAUUACCCAAUGAACAAAAUGAAAUAACUACUGAAGCAUCACAUGUAUUACCAGAAGAAAGACAUAGUAAUAUAAUUCUGAACAAUUUCGAACUUAAUAAUGUAGUCACAACAGAGCAUACUUCAACAGAAGCAUUUAACCAUAGCUUAAGUCCUAAUGAAGAUAGAGAAAAUACUACACCAUACUAUAGUAUUAACGACGAUGAUUUGCUAGCUAUAGAUACAACUACCCUUGAAUUUGAUAAUCUAACCUCCUCAUCUAAUUCUAGUAGUAUAAAUAUGUUAGAGACAGCACAAGUACUGACUAAUAAUACUCAAGAUAUGAAUACUACAUUAGAUACAACUACUGUUGAAACUGAUUCUAUGUUAACAACGAUUAUGCCACGCAGUACAACAGCUGAAGUAUUAAAAAAUGUAUCUAGCGAACGUUUAAAUGAAGUUAUUUUAGAAUCUACAACUGUAGUUGUUGAACCAGUUACAAACUCUGAGAGUUCUUUGGAAGUUACUACUACCAUACUUUCCACAAACACUACUGUAAGUACUCCAAACACUACAGUAAGUGAUUUGAAUAAAGAUAGCAAUAAUUAUAUUGUACAAAAUACAGUGAACGAAACAGAAACAUCAAAUACUACAACUGCUACAGAAAUGAACGACAUAACAACUUCGGCAACAUUUUUACAAUCGUCUACCGAGUCUGUAAGCAACGUUACAGUAGAAAUAUCAACUGAAAACUCAUUUAAUACGUCUGUAAGUCCUAGUAGCUCAAGCCAACCUGAAACAAGCUCAAUAGAUAUAACGACUAUCAAGAUCAGUAAUGACCUGUCAAACAGCAAUCACACUGAAAAAGUUAAAAAUAACACAAGCACUAUAAAAGAAGAACUGAAUUCUGACCAAAUUAUAAUUAAAUCGAAUCAGCCAGAUCUUUCGGAAGAUCUUUCUGUAGCUCCAUUAGAAGUUUCAAAUAGUAUUUCUAGUACAGUAGAUGACCAAGACAAUCAGUCGAAAGUUACAGCAUCUACUCCUUCCUACAAAAGGUGAUUCAAUUCAACUUAGCUCAAAACGAAGGAAAUCAGUACACACAAUAUUGAAGAAGAAAAACAUGAAAGCUCACACAUGGUAAAACAAGAUUAUUGUGAUGCCAGUAUUAAUUAUAUAUAGUUUACUUCUAAGUGAAGACACCAAUAUUUUCCAUUUCAAUCCUAAAUCUUAUUGUUUCUUAAUUUCCAAAAAAAAAAAACAUUUUGUUGCAAUACACAGCAUUUCAUUUUAAGGUGUCAAAACUACAUACUUCUUAAAAACAUUCCUUUACUUUUAGAUACUUAAAUUAUAUUGUAUAAACUUUAAUUAUCUCUUAACUUAUCCUAUUUCCAACUGCUCUGUUAUGUUUUAUUUUAAUGUAAGUUUCAUAUAAGAUAAUAUUUUUUUAAUUUCAAGUUUAUUUUGAUAUUACCUACGACUUUCAGAAGUAUUUAACAGAAAAUUAUUAAGCUUUAUAUAGUGGUGAUACAUAUCUAUAUACUUAACGUCCUAUACAUAUUAACAGUAUAAAAUAUUUUAAGACUAUAUAAAAAAAAUUUCUACUUUUACCAUUCAUAUUAAACUAUGUUUCCCAGUGUAUUUUGUUAUGUAAAUAUUGUAUAUUUAAAUUGUAUUUUAACGAGAAUAAUUGUAUAACGAUGAUAAUAGACACUAAAAAGUAAGGUUUAGUUCAAUCAGCAACUGUUUAUAACAUAUACAGGGUGGUGCAUUGUCGUUGGAACAGGAAAUCCCAUGCAAACAUUGAACUGAUCAUAUAUUGGCUCCCCUGUAAAAAUUUGCAUGCAAUUUCCUGUUUCCAGUGUCGCUGCACAACCCAGUAUACUGUGUGAUAGAAUGAAAACGAUGUCAUACAUUAAGUUUUAGUAUUGACUAUUAUUGUGAUAUCAUUUUUAUUCAUCACACAGUGCCUCUACUUACCAAGACAAGAGAUUUGUUUGAUAAGCAUUCUAAUAAAAAGUGGAGUUUAAUAAAUAUGUUGACUGAACCAAACCAAAGAAAAUCAAAACAUAUUUGAAGAAAAAUUAUUGCUAGUCAAGCAUUCCUGUGCCAAUAUUACAAAUAUGUUGAAGAAUGUAUUGAGGAAUUUUAUACAUUAUUGUCUAUUCGAAUUGGAGUGAUAAUAAAUAAGAACAGGUU